CUUGAACCAUCAGAAACCGAAAAAACUAGCACUGCUCGUCAUAAAAAAUGGGAGUUGGAGAUAAAACCUCUAGUAAACACGUAUAAUAAAUAUAUAGAAGUCGAAUCGGUUUUUGAUGACAUUUGCUUGGAUAAUGCGAUUGAGGCUGUCGCUAUGAAGCCAUAUUCUGGAGUUUUCAUUUAUAAAAAACAUUAUGAAUUAAAAUGGAUACAAAAUAGAAAAUUUCAUAAAUCCUAUAUUCGCGAAAGUAUUCGACGACUUAAUGGAACUCAUUCUAUGAGGACUGGUGAAAUCGAAAAUAUGUUGAUAAAAACUCAACGUAUCGAGACACGAGCACGCACACAACGGCUUAGUCUUGGUUGUCGCCAGGAUGGGGUUAUUAUCAUUAAUGUAAAUGGGACUACAGUAGAAGUUGGAUUCAUGGAGGUGGUUGGAAAUGCUGUCUACGAUGAUCUCACCAAACUAUCCGAGGAUCUAGAGAAAGUGCUAAAAUGUAUGCAAAUUUCUUUAUUCUACCAACGACAGUACCACCUUCAACGAGGAGCAUCGGAAAACCAAUUACAAAUCUUGGAGUUUUACGGCAUUGUUGUUUAUAAACGGACGGCUACAAUAUACACGAUGCAUUGUGCAAGUGGUUUAUAUAUAGUGGAUAAGAUUACAGAGUUCUCUAUCCCAAACUCUAAGGAUCAAUUGCACGUGCUCAAAGAAGUGAUCGAAAAGGUAUAUAUGUUUAAGAGCCGUGUAAUGGAUUACUAUCUCAAGCUUAGUAGGCUUACGCCAAACUUCACACAUACAUAUGUUAAAGUUGAUGAGCUUCCUACAAUAGCAUCGCCUUCAAAGAAACAAUAA